AUGCUAGAUCAUCUUCAGCAGUUAUAUGGAUCAGCGAAGAAGGUGCCCACAUCCAUGACUAUUUACGAUAUCGCAGGUCUCACAAGAAACGCCGCGCUGGGUGAAGGACUAGGUAACAAAUUUUUGUCCGACAUUAGGCAAGUGGAUGGUGUAUUUCAUGUGGUGAGGGGCUUCAGAGACGAUGACAUCACACACGUCGAGACCAAUGUGGAUGCAGUGAGGGACUUAACCAUAGUCACGGAUGAGCUUAUCCUUAAGGACUUGGACUACAUCGAAACUGCUUUGGAGCAAGCUCAGAAGACGUUGAGGAAGCCACAGGUGGAUCGCAAACGUAUUCAAUUCGAAAUUGACACUCUUAGUAAGCUCCUGGAUCAUUUGUACCUGGGUAUGAAGGUUACUACUGGGGAGUGGACCAGUGAGGAGAUUGAGGUAAUCAAUCCGUUGAACCUUCUCACUGCGAAGCCCACAGUGGUGUUGCUUAAUGUCAAUGAGAAGGAUUACCUGAGCAACACUAAUGAGUUCAAGGAAGCCGUACAAGCAUGGAUCGAUGAAAAUUGUCCACAGGACGAGAUGAUGUUAUUUUCAGCAGCAUAUGAGACAAAGCUCAAUGAGUUGAGGGACGAUCCUGAACUGCUAGCAAGCUACAUGAGCGAAUUUAACAAUGCUGGCAGUGCUAUGGGUGAAAUUGUCGACAAGAUGAGGGCAGCGCUCCGACUUGUGUCUUUCUACACUUGUGGGCCCAAGGAGGCUCAUCAAUGGACUGUCAGAGAGGGCACCACUGCCCCAGAAGCAGCGGGAGCCAUUCAUACGGAUUUGCAGAAGACAUUUAUCUCUGCACAAGUGUACAAAUGGGAGGACUUGGAGAAGCAAGAUGCACCCCUAGACGAGGCAAAUCUAAAAUCGAAAGGAAAGCAAUACCGCCAAGGCAAAGCAUACAUUAUAGAGGACGGAGACGUGCUAGUGGUCAAGGCCGCUGGAGGAAAGUCGAGAUGA